UGUUGAGUGUUGACUCACAUGUUAAAAUUUUUCUAUAUUCUAACUAGGCGUAAAACAUAAACAAACGUUCAAAUUUGGCGUCAGCUGGUAAGUAAACACUCCAACUUUGAGUAUGCACAUCUAGACACGCCAUCAACACACCAGCGAACCUGUAUGUUACCUGAAACAUACAGUAACUUAUUGUAUGUUGAUCUAUGCUUCUCGGACUCUUCAAAAAAUUGUCGUAUUUGUGUCGGAUCUUUCAAGCAACCUGAUUGCAUUUUUGAAGAGUUGGAGCAACAUAGAUGUUGAUGAACAUGUUCGUGCGUUAAGACGAUUCUUAUACAGUUAACAUCUACUGUAAAGUAUCGAUCAAAAGUAAGGAAAAAAGGGAAAUAGUGAAAUCUUUCAAGUAAAAAGAAAGAGUAUACUUAUGUUAAACAAAUGUCAAAAUCUGUUAGAGUUUCUUUUAAUAAAUUGAUGUGAUUGCCAGAAUUUCAUCUGUCUUCUCUUUACACUCAACAGUCCUAAAAACAGACUUUAAAUAUCAGUACUUUACCUCAUUUUCAUCUUAAAAACAAGAGAGUAAAUUCACUUAUAUAAGAUGAAGAGCUAUGUGGAAUGGUAUCCUAUCAUUAUUAUGCUGGCGAUAGAUUUUGCAUUCGCGAUUAGUAAUAUACUUCUUAAGAAGAUUAUCAUGGAUGGUAUGAACCAUUUUGUGUUCAUCACUUAUCGACAGUCCAUUUCAACCUUGUUUUUAGCCCCAGUCGCCUUCUUUCUUGAAAGGAAUACAAGGCCUAAACUCACACCUCAAAUCUUGUGUUAUCUUUUCUUGAGUGCAAUUGUUGGGGCAUCUCUUACACAAUACUUAUUCCUUCUAGGCAUACAAUACACUUCUGCAACAUUUGCAUGUGCAUUUCUCAACAUGGUUCCAGUGAUAACAUUUCUCUUGGCAUUACUUUUCGGGUUAGAGACAACUAAUAUAAAAGAUAGAAGUGGAAGAGCCAAAGUUAUUGGUACAUUAAUAUGCCUUGGAGGUGCCUUUUUACUGACUUUUUACAAAGGCAAACCUUUAAUCCAUUUUUCACACUUUCAAGAUUUAUCUCAAACUUUGGAAGAACCUAUUAGUUCCUCUAAAAGAAAUGUACAAUGGAUCUUUGGCUCAAUGAUCUUAUUUGCUGGAACUCUUUUGUGGUCCUCAUGGUUCCUUAUUCAAUCGAAAAUUGGGAAGAAAUAUCCAUGUCAGUACUCGAGCACCGUUAUUAUGACCUUUUUCAGUGCCAUACAAUCAGCUAUCUUAACUUUUUCCACUGAUAGAAGACUUUCCAUUUGGAUUCCAAAGGAAAAGAUCAUCGAUAUGUUGAGUGUCGUUUAUACUGGCUUAAUAGGUUCAGGAUUAUGCUUUGUUGGAAUGUCGUGGUGUGUUAAGAAGAGAGGACCUGUCUUUACUGCAGCAUUUAGUCCUCUUAUACAAGUUAUCGCAGCCAUGUUAGACGUUCCAAUUCUACACGAACAAUUCCAUCUCGGAAGUGUGAUUGGAUCAGUUAUUGUAAUCGUCGGACUAUACUUUUUACUAUGGGGCAAGACUAAAGAAAUGAAGAAAGUUUCUCAAGAAACUGAAGAGAAAAAGGAAAAGGAGAUAAAUUUCCAACUUCAUGAAGCUAAUAAUGAACCAGAGAUACCUUGAUAUCAGUAUAUCAAUCUUUUCUUUGAGCUAAAAAAAAAUGUAACUUUUGUUCUUUAAGAAAAAAGUUUGGGGACUAAAUUCAUAGAACCUCUUUUAAACAGUCAAUUACAAUGUUCAAGAAUCAAAAUCUAUACCUUAAUUAGAUGGACAUAGAAGAUUCUUGCACAAAAGAAAUAUUUAUAGUAGAAAGUUGUAAUUAUCAUUUUGCAAAUACAAAUACAAAUCCUCGUUUCUUUUAUUUAA